AUGAUCGAACAUUUUGCAAACAACAGCACUAGAAGAGCUCGUCAUGGGAGGACGUGAAAAUUUACCAUGACUGCAAAAAUAAGUUUUAAUCUAAGAUUUAAAUUUUCAAAAUAUAUCCAGCUAGUUAGUUCACGAAAAGAUAUAUUUUGAAACGAGUGAACGUGGGGGUAUUCAUGCAGAAAAUUAUUUAGCGUUUAUUUUUAUGCGCCACGGCUUGCAAAAACGUUUCUACCUCGCAAGCACGGCGUUGACUUUUUUGUAUGUUGAUAAGACUUCAAGGAUUGCAUACUGCAGAUUAAAACAUAUUUGCGCUUCAAUGAUGUUGACUGUUUUUCGUAUGGGUGUUACAUGAAGAAAAAAAAUAAUAUGCUAUGUACAGUAAUAAUUGGAUUAGUCGUAAUACUUGAUAUUUCUUCAAUGAAGAGCGUUGAAGGCUUGCAUGAAAAACGUUUUAAGAGCGUAAGAAGUAAUUUUGAGUUAAAACGAUGGAGACGGACUGCCGCUACAGAUGAUUCUUGCGCCCAAAGUCCUAUCAAAACAAAUGUGACGUUAAAGGGCGGAAUAGAGGCGGGAUAUUUUCGUAAGCUUGCUCAGCACGUUGCUAUGAAACUAUGUAUAGAAUUAUGUUGUGAGGAAAAGGGGUGUGAUGUCGCGUUCAUGUCUGGAAAGAAUUGUUAUGGGGUACAGUGCUUUAACGAGGAGUUAUGUCGAGCAUUUCCCGCCAAGAAAAAUGUCACCGAGCCUGUCAUGAUCUCUCACGUCACAUUUAAAGGUGAAAAAGUGAAAACAAAUGAAUUAGAUGACAGCUUACCUAAAUGCGCUGCCACAAAAAUGGUAACUGGUGUAACGUUGCGUGGUGGAUUACACGCUGGUAAUUUUACUGAUGUUGGUGAAGUUGGCAAUCUUUCCAUGUGUGCAGCAUUAUGCUGCAUGUCAAAAAGAUGUGAUCUCGCGUUGACGAUAAAUAAGAAUUGUUUUAUCGUCUCCUGUUACUCAGUUAGCCUGUGCAGUAUAAAAAAAUCUUUGACAGCCGUCUAUAAACCCAGUGUGGCUUUUAUCAACAGAAAACAUACUAAAACAAAUGCGACAACACCUCGAAUAUUGGAGACAUCAGCAAAUCAGUUAGUAUGCAAAAAUAGCCAAAUCUUUCAUAAUACCACACUAAAAGGAGGCUAUAGGGCUGGAAAUUACACAAACUUUGGAAAAGUGAAAAACAUAAGUGUUUGCGUUCGACUGUGCUGUGGAAACAAGGAUUGCGAUGCUGCAUUAAUGUUGGAAAACAACUGUUUCGCUGUUGCAUGCCGGGAUUCUGAUAAUUGUUUGCCCGUUCACGCCAAAUCAUCAAAUUCAUUAGCUGCUUUGAAUCCUAGGAUAUCUUACAUAACAAGUAGAAGCGAAGUAGUAUCACUCGCCGAUCAUUUAACGCCCGAUGGCUCGUGCCAUGCUGGAAUAAUAUCAUACGAUGUUAGUCUCAAGGGCGGGGCAAAUGCUGGGAAUUUUACACCUCAUGGAAAAGUUGGUAGUAUGGAAGUGUGUAUAUCUAAGUGCUGUCAGAUAGAAGGCUGCAGUGUAGCUAUGAUGCUAAAAGAUACGUGUUUCACAGUUGUUUGUACGCGUGAUGUAUUAUGCGAGAAAAAACAGACACCAACUUCAAGUGAUUUUAAUCCAAAAAUAGCUUACGUGUUUCGGGAUAAAAAGAAAUCAUUGAUGAACAGAGCACCAAUCACAUUCGAGCCACAUCGAAAUAUAAAAAUCAGAGGACGGAAAAAGUCACUGUUAGCAGCGCAGCUCCACGCGAUAACUUCAUCGUUACCGACUUCACCAAGCCUUCGUGUUUCACCAUCAAAGUCAAGAAUACCAGAUUUACAAAUACAACAAACAAAGUUACCGUAUUUUCACCCUGCCGUUAUUUUGCCUUCAAACUUUAAUAAAACUUUAAACCGUUCAGUUAUAAUUCCCGCUAAAACAAACAACACUGGUAACGAAUCUGCUCUCAUGCAAAAUACACUAGAAAGAACCAUACUGAACAGGUUUCUUGAAAACAAUCAACACAACGAAGGAGAAAGUGAUUCAGUUUUCGAUCAAUUUCAAGAUUGCAACUCCACAUCGUGUGAAAAUAAAACUAUUAUACCUUUGAAAGAAAAUGUUCUUGAAGAUAAUCGAUCUAGAAGAAACUAUUCCAUCUCUAAAAGUGGAUUGAAGUCUGUAGAUGGUGACCCUGGCUGUACAAAUAGCGAAGUCUUUCACAAUGUUACACUCCGAGGUGGUGUGCAUUCAGGUAAAUUUAAAGACAGAGGUGAAAUGGAAGAUAUAAACCAAUGCGUUAAAUUAUGUUGUCUUUUGGAACGAUGCGAUUUAGCGUUCAUGUUGAGAAAUACAUGUUUUUCAGUGGAAUGUUACAACGAGACUUUAUGUGACGCUGUACCAGCAAAAUCAUCCAUAUUUUCGCCGACAAUAUGUUAUGUUUACGUCAAAAUAGCGGCAAAUGUAACUUAAAGGAGAACUUAUAGUAUACUUUGUACACAUCUUUUUAGUCUCAUAUUUUGCAUAUUUUCUCAUAAUUUAUAAAUAUUUUGAUAUUGCUUUCUUGUAUAUAGAUUGUAUAUAAAUACACUUCGUAACUUU